AUGCUUCUUUUGGGAGCUAAUUACCAAUAUUAUGCAGAAUCUCAGGGGACAUCCUCCGGAAAGAACGCAAUACCGCUUAGUUUUCGAAUGAGAGCUGCUACAGCAACAGCUCUUGGUGCUGCUGCUGCUCAUGCCAAGUUGUUGGCAGAUCAGGAAGACAGAGAAAUAGAAUACUUAGUUGCUGCCAUUAUUGAAACACAGAUGAAGAAGUUGCAAAGCAAAAUCAAGCAUUUGGAUGCUCUGGAACUCAUAAUGGAGAAGGAGCAUGUGAUGGUGGAGGAUCUGAAAGAGUCUAUGAUAACAGAGCAGAUAAAUGUUUUAAGAAAGACGUUCAGUGAAGGGAUAUCAAGAGGGAAGGACCAAACCUCUGUAAAAUCUCAGACCGGCAGUGUACUUUAA